AUGGCCAGCUUAUGUUCCCUCCCCGCUCGGACGCGCCGAUCUACAUUCUGUAAAGUUCCUGUGAACCGGUUGAGUAGAUUCUCCACAGCAGGACCGAGGUACAGCUAUGAGGAUACGCUGCCUAAUUUGAAGAUCGGGACUCAUACCCGGGUGCUGUUCCAGGGAUUCACAGGCAGACAGGCCACUACCAAUGUGAAAGAGUCUCUGGCCUGGGGAACCAAAAUUGUAGGCGGCGUAAAGCCAGGAGUAGAGGGGGAACAUCUUGGACUUCCUGUGUUUCCCUCUGUUCGAGCGGCCCAAGAGAAAGCGAAACCUGACGCAUCCGCCAUCUAUGUGCCGGGUGAUUAUACGGCAAAGGCUGUGGAAGAAGCGAUCGAAGCGGAGAUUCCUCUCGUUGUUGCAGUGGCAGAGCAUGUUCCCAUCCAUGACGUUCUCAGGAUGCAGUCCAUGCUCCAGACACAGUCUAAGACAAGACUAGUUGGUGCCAACUGCCCGGGGAUCAUCUCGGCAAUUGGAAAGUGUCGAAUCGGGUUCCAACCACUGCCCUGUUUUUCUCCCGGCAUGAUUGGCAUUGUUGCAAAGUCCGGCACCCUGAGCUACGAGACUGUCGCAUCCACUUCGCGAGCAGGACUAGGCCAGAGCCUUUGCAUUAGUAUGGGAGGUGAUGUCUUGGCAGGGACCAACUUUGUUGAUGCAUUGAAGAUCUUCGAGAACGACCCAGAUACUGAGGGGAUUAUCUUGGUAGGUGAGAUUGGCGGAACAGCAGAAAUUGAUGCUGCGGAAUGGAUCAAGGACUAUCACCGCAAGAACCCAGACCCCAAGCCCAUUAUGGCUCUUGUAGGCGGCCUGUACGCACCCCCAGGGCGUAUUAUGGGUCACGCCGGAGCGUGGACAGCCCCGGGGGAACCGGACGCAAGGGCCAAGUAUAAAGCUCUUGAGAGCGCUGGAGUGGUCAUGGUCAACCACCCAGAAGACUUCGGGGAGGGAAUGAAAAAGCUCCUAAGCAGCCGGGCCCGUGACUCAGGGUCUUUGUUUACCUAUCCUGCAAAUCAAAAACGCGGUCUUCACACCAUGAGACGCGUUUCUCCCCGAACCAGUACACCGAAGAUGCCAUCACAACCAAAGACCCGUUCAUUCUAUGUCAAACACUUCCAAGCCCUUGAAAUGCUCAGACAGAAGGGCAUUUCUGUCCGCGAGACAGCACCUUUAGACUCAGACUUCUUUUUGUCUCUGACUGUCGACAGAACAGAACUAUCACCAUGCAUUAUGGCUUCCUCGAAAGCGGACUUUGAUCCUUCACAUACCAAGCGGUUCCCAUUUGCCUACGCUAGUGAGGGAUUCAGCGGUGUCCUUGACCCCCUGAUCAAAGCCAUCGCUGCCCAGCUCCGGCUUCCGGAGACCGCACAGGAGAAAUUGGCAGAGCUAGUCCAAACGCUGUGGCAGAUCUUCAAGGAAAGAGAAGCCUACGUGCUUGAAGUUCGGGCGAAUGCCUCUUCCGGGGGUCCCUUGGAAGUACGAGGAGCGCACUUCGGGUUUGACGACGCCGCGUUUCGAAGCUCCCGACGUCAGGAGGAGAUUCACCGACUAAGGAAUCCGGCAGAAGAAGUCCCCGAAGAAGUCGAGGCAGAGAAACACGGAAUUGUAUAUGUGAAACUUGACGGUGAAGGCAGCAUCGGCACGCUUGUGAAUGGCGCUGGUCUAGCAAUGAACACAGUUGAUGCCCUCACUCUUCACGGCGGUCACUGUGCCAACUUCCUAGAUACUGGUGGCAAAGCCACCUCCGAGACGGUCAAGGCAUCGUUCCGGAUCAUCGUCUCGGACCCGCGCGUGAGGGCAAUCUUCGUGAAUAUCUUCGGUGGAUUGACACGGUGCGAUAUGAUCGCCGAGGGAAUCAUCAUGGCGUUUCGGGACUUGAACAUGAGCGUGCCUGUCGUGGUGCGAUUACGUGGAACAAACGAGGAACAAGGACAGAGGAUGAUUGGUGAGAGUGGACUUCCACUUCAUGCGUUUGAUCGGUUUGAAGAUGCAGCGAAGAAGGUGAUUGAAUUUGCUGGGGAGACCAUUGAUGCAUAG